AUGGCCGGCACACAGGACCCUUCCGCGUUGGAGGAAAUUCUCUGGCGAUCUCCGUCACACGUCCAGAUGAUGGGCGGAUAUCUCCAUUCGAAUAACAUCCUCUUCUACUUCGCCGAGUCUCCUUUCUUCGAUGCGACCUCAAACAAUGCCUCCCUAGCCAUCCAAGCGAACUACAAUGAAGCCUUCCGUCACUUCGUGGAGACAAGAGAAGCCUUCGAGGGCCGCUUGAAGACCAUGCAAGGUCUAGAGUUUAUAGUUGGUUACGAUCCGUUACAGGCCGCGGCAGGUUCGAAUUCCCAAUUUACACAUGAGCCAUCCAACGUGUGGGUGAUUCGGAAACAGAUAAGGCGGAAACGAUCGAGCUAUGACGACGAGGUCGUGGUCUUAGCUACAUUCUUUGUGGUUGGGGACUGCAUCUACAUGGCCCCCUCGGCUGCAAGUAUCUUGGGGAAUAGAAUUCUUUCAGCAGUCACUUCUCUAUCAAGCUUGAUGAAGACUGCGUCGACAUUACCCAACUUCACACCGUCACAUGGACACACAUACCUUCCGCCCGCGCCCAAAUCUACAGAUGCAGGCCAGCUAGGCGUACAGACGCAGACAAGCAAAGAGGACACGCCAAUGCCGGACGAUGCGACAAACAAAACGCAGUCUUUUACUGGAACGCAAGCCGACACCAGCUCUUCAGUGAGUGAUAUAAUGACUCUCGCAGAAUCAUUCAACCUUCUAGCUCGAUAUGGAGACGAAUUCAUGGAUGAGACUCCGUUGGUGGGAGAGCCGGGAUCCUUUAUUUUGUCUAGGGCAGGGGAUACAGACCGAGGCGCUACAUCGAAGCAGCAACAGUCCACAAGCACUGCCGCUCCAGGCCGAAUUGGAACGCCACAAACCAAGGUUGAUACGCCAGGGAAAUUCUCCGAUAAAGGCAGCACUGCAGAGGAGCCCAAGCGGAAGAAGAAGAGCAAACCAGGUAGUUAG